UGGGAAAUAAUUUUAGUUUUCAAACUAGAUCAAUUACAAAUUUGAUCUAAGCAUGUUUAUCAGUGAGUUGAAUUCAAAUAGCUAGCAAGCUGUCCACCCAUUUCCACCAUAUUUUUCAGAACACCUCAUAAAUGAUGUGCAGACCUCAUAAACGAUGUGCAGAUGUUAUGCUAUACAUUAUUACUGGAGACAGAACAAGCUAAUAAGAGAAAAAAAAAAAUGGAAGGAAAAUGAUUAGGAACAGUGGUUGUCUGAUAAAACUUUUUGUGAAAUGGAAAACAUUGCAGUCUGGAAAGCUGCCAGAAAAAACCGCCCAAAUUAAGAAAAAGAAAAGAAAAAUUAAUGCCAAAUAUUUGGGCGUUGUUUUAGGGAUUUUCGUUUUUCUUUUCUCGUCUUUAUUUAUUUAUAGCCAGCGGUUUUGUUCCCCUGUAAAUAUGUUAAGCCACAAAGCUAAUUAAUCUUUCUCCCUCUCAGCCCCCUCUGCAUCUCUCUCUUCUUCUUCUUCUUCACCGUUAUUCAGUUCAAUUUCAAUUCAGUGUUUUCAACAUUGAAAACCUAAAAAUGAACGGCAAAGCCUCCAUCUCUAAGGAGCUUAAUGCAAAGCACACUAAGAUCUUAGAGGGCCUCCUUAAGCUUCCAGAAAACAGAGAAUGUGCUGAUUGUCGAAGCAAGGGUCCGAGAUGGGCUAGUGUAAACCUUGGAAUAUUCAUAUGCAUGCAGUGUUCGGGAAUUCAUCGUAGUCUUGGAGUCCAUAUCUCACAGGUACGGUCUACUACUUUGGAUACAUGGCUACCAGAACACGUUGCUUUUAUGCACUCAAUGGGUAAUCAGAAGUCUAAUAGUUUUUGGGAAGCAGAACUGCCGCCUGAUUUUGACAGAAGUGGAACUGGGAAAUUUAUCCGAUCCAAGUACAUGGACAAAAGAUGGGUUCGUUCUGGGACAACACAACCAAUUCCAGCUUUUGGUCAGAUUAGCAAUAACAUCAACCAUUUUGUUGAAGGUGGAGUCAGAAAUGGCCUUACAAGGAAAACAAGGACACUUUCACUUGAUGAAGAGAUUCUUACUAAGCACAUUGCAGAAACACAACUUCAUUCCCCAGCAUUAAAAUCCCGUGCGGGUUCUGCCGAUAUGAAGAUUAAGUUCAUUGCUUCUCCUCUUCCAAAGGGACCAAAUUUGACCGAUAGCAAUGCAUCCACAAAGAUUAAUGGAACAACAGAUCCUUUCAACUUGUGUAAUUUCAUCGCGACAAAGCAUGAUCAGACUAAUGAGAUUCCCCCAUGCUGGGCAACUUUUGAUUGUUAGUAUAAUAGUUUAUUGAAUGAGCAUUCUUAAAGUUAUUCUUUCUUACUGAAGAACUUGAGGAAUAUACAGUUUUUAUGUGUGAUUUAGAAAUGAAAAUUUGCUGAAGAUCUAUCAAGUAUCAACCACUGAAGAUCUAUCAAGUAUCAACCACUGAUAGCCUUGAAUGCAUGUGCCCCCAUGUAUUGUAUUUUAAUGCAUUGUUAUGAAUUCUGCCACAACAAGUUAAAGUAAGGUCUCUGUUUGCAGGAAUAUAGCUCACCAUGUUGAAUCUAUUCGUUGAUGUCUUACUAACUGCUGGAAAACAAAGACAGACUCAUGGAGUGGUGCUCGUUCUUAAGGUUAGGUUUGCUAUCCCAAUGUGAUGUCAGCUGACUUUGCUCCAAACAGAUAAUAUGAAGCAUUGCAAUUUGUGAAGUUUGCAUUUCCUUCCGGCUUUCAAGAGUAGUGACUUUGUUUCACUGAAUAUGUGCCUCUGCCAAGCAGUAGUAGGAGUUGCUUGUAUAGCCAUGAACUGUCUAGUCUAGCUAAAAUUUUCUGUACGUGCUUUCUCUUUGGUUAUAUUUACUAUUGCAGUUUAGCUUGCAGCAGCGAUUUUACCAUUUCCAGAACUCCACGGCGAGCAAAUGCGUUUUUUGUUACCAGAUGAUUUUGUUUUGCCCAAUUGCAAAAUCAGUCAUCUUCUACCAUAAUAUAUAUAUAUAUAUAUGUUGGUAAAUUGAAUGAUGGAUUCUGUACAAAAGAGGAUAGCCCUCCCCUUUUCAGCUUUCCCAAAUUCUUUCCCACUACUCAGAUUGAGAACCUAAAUUGUUCAAUUUAAAAUCUUAAGUUACCUUGCUCUGUUUUGGUUGUUUUGGCUUUUUUUUUUUUAAUUAUUUUUAUUCCGGGGAUUUGGCCAUCUCAGUGCUGUGUUUUGUAUUAAUACUAUGGAUGUGGUCCUGCUGAUGGGCUUGACAUCACAUUUAUU